GGCGCCCUAGAGCCCGGCCAGGCAUCAGAGGCAUCUAUAAAAGCCGGCUGGUGCAGUCCCCGGCAUCCUACUUGUCAACCACCCUCUGCCACGCAAUGCUGGGAGGCCUGGGGAAGCUGGCGGCUGAGGGCCUGGCCCACCGCACCGAGAAGGCCACUGAGGGAGCCGUUCACGCCGUGGAGGAGGUGGUGAAGGAGGUGGUGGAGCAUGCCAAGGAGGCUGGAGAGAAAGCCCUUGGCGAAGCCCUAAAGAAAGCCCAAGAGUCAGGGGACAAGGUGGUGAAGGAGGUUACUGAGAAGGUGUCGCACACGGUCACCGAAGCUGUCACCCAUGCGGCGGAGGGCCUGGGCAAGCUGGGACAGUGAGCGUGCCUGCCCCUGUGCUGUCCCUUCCUGAAUCUCAAUAAAAAGACGCAAAACGUG